UAUGUUCUACACAAGAUUAUAUGUGGCUAAUGUAACAUUUCAUUGAAGGUAAUGGAAGUAUCUAAUGCUCGAAAGGAUGUCGUUGCUGACUCAGAUGACAUGGUCUUUGAAGAAGGCCAAUCAUCAGAGUCUGUCAACAAUAUAUGCAAGUCUGUCGGCCAUGUACAUGACUAUGAAAGCUCAAACACAAUCUCUCUCAAGUUGGGCCAAAUGGAGUCUAGCGAUGAUAGUGACAAGGAAUUGGAGUCUGAUUCAGAUGACGAAACAAUAAUCACAUUGGUUACCCUAGCACUACAUGAACAUCAUCAGAAAUACUAUAAUCGUAUUCCAUGUCGAACCUCUAUAUUAAGAGGACACGAUUAUGUAUUAGAGGUUUUCGAAUGGAAACACAUGUUUUUAUUGCAUUUUGUGAGGCGCUUAAAGUACACACUGGGUUAAAGCAUUCAAGGUACUUAACAGUUCAAGAGCAAGUAUGUAUAUUUUUGCUCGUAGUUGGACACAACAGUAGAAAUCGCAUAAUCCAAGAGCGAUUCCAGCAUUCAGGGGAAACGAUCUCUAAGUAUUUUAAACGAGUAUUAAAGGCUGUGUGUAAGCUUGGGAAGCUCAUUAUUCAACCCCCCCCCAAUUUGAUGAGGUCCCUCCAGAGAUUAUGCACAAUCCAAAGUACU